UUGUUUCUUACAGAUGAUCUACGUCGCGUGGCACGACAGGCGGAAGAGGCAGCAGACCCGAGCGUAAAGGGUCCAGCUCCGUUUGGACCAACCAAGUACAAACCCGGGAUUGUAGGACCACAGGGAGAGCGUGGACCUCCCGGCCCUCCCGGGCCCGAUGGUGAAAUGGGUCCCCCGGGUCCUGCUGGUCCUGCCGGCCGUGCUGGAGAUGCCGGAACUGAC